AUGUAUCUGACAGAUCUCUCCUUAUUUUGUUUGAGUAAACCGGUUAUUUGGCCAGAGUCGAAUUCUCAAGACGUCGCAGAACUCGCAUCCCCAUUCGUAGCGAUGGUCUUCAUGACAGAGACCAAAGACUGUGAACGUCCUCUCAGUGAAAAAGAAAAUUACAGGCGGGCUCAACAAGCAUUUGGUAAGAUCAGCGGAGAACUGUCAUUGUUUCCAGAUGAAGGUUUUGAAAGCGCAAUAAGUCAGUUAACACCUGGCGGCAUAACAUGCGCCACGGCAAUGCGAAAGUGGUUACUACGAACAAAAACAAGAACGACGAAAAGAAGCAUGAUAACGACGACGAGCCAUGUGCAGAUGGUGGUACUGUUGGUUGCAGUGUAUCUCAAAAUAGGAACAGCGAUAACGGAGGACGUUCUGGAUCUAAGUCACUUGACAUUGAUGACAACUCGGUCGUUCCCUCUGCUCAAGUUGCCCCCGCCCAAUCGUUAA